AAAAAAAAAAACAUGCAUUGCAGACAGAGGAAGAUGCGCCCCACGAGUGACUCUGACUUCUCUGCUAUCGUCGUUCCCUCCAUGCGUGGGUCCGGGUACCUCGACUACACUGUGGAGAACCACGCUUCCAGGUCCCUGUUGGUCAUGGACGAGUUUCGACGGCUCGACUUGUUGUGUGACCUGGUGUUGCACGUCACAUUCAAGGACAGGGCCAUGAACUUCAAGGUUCACAAAGUGGUGCUGGCCUCAUGUAGCGCCUAUUUCAGAGCCAUGUUCACCAGGGGCUUCAAAGAGUGCAGCGCCUCUGAGGUCACUCUGCGUGACGUAUGCCCCGAGGUGGUGGGAAGACUGAUCGACUUCGCCUACACCGCCCGCAUCACCGUGGGAGAGAAGUGUGUGUUGCAUCUUCUUUUGGCUGCCAUGAGAUUUCAGAUGGAGGAUGUGGCCAAAGCUUGUUGUGAUUUUCUCACCAAGCACCUGGAGCCAGCUAACGUCAUCGGCAUCGCCCGCUUCGCGGAGGAAAUCGGAUGCUCAGAACUGCACAAGACGUGCCGAACAUACAUCAACUCACACUUCAGUGAGGUGACCAAAGUGGACGAGUUCUUUAGCUUGUCUCACUGCCAGCUGCUGGAGCUCAUCAGUCAGGACAGCAUCAAGGUGCUCUGUGAGUCUGAGGUGUAUAAGGCCUGCACGGACUGGGUCCACUCCGACAUGGAGAGCCGAGCCCAGUAUCUACACGCCCUCCUGAAUGCCGUUCAUAUUUACGCGCUGCCUCCGAAAUUUCUAAAGAAUCAGCUUCUGUCCUGCCCCAUCCUCAGCAAGGCCAAUUCCUGUAAGGACUUCUUGUCCAAAAUCUUCCAGGAAAUGACUCUGAUGAAACUUCCUCCUCCACCAAUCCGAGGAGCCCAACUCAUCUACGUGGCUGGCGGAUACAGGCAGCAUUCCCUGUCCACAAUGCAGGCAUUUGAUCCCAAAAGGAGUGUUUGGCUAAAACUAGCCAGCAUGGGAACGCCAUGCAGCGGUCUCGGAGCCUGUACGCUGUUCGGACUCAUCUACACUGUGGGAGGCAGGAAUCUGUCGUUACAAAGUAACACUGAUUCCAGCUCUCUGUGCUGCUACAACCCCAUGACCAACCAGUGGAGCCAGCGGGCUUCCCUCAACACCCCCAGGAACCGGGUGGGAGUGGGCGUGGUGGACGGCUGCAUCUACGCUGUCGGUGGCUCUCAGGACUCCGUGCAUCACAACACGGUGGAGAGGUGGGAUCCAGAGUCCAAUCGCUGGUCUUUUGUCUGUCCCAUGUCGGUGGCUCGUCUGGGGGCUGGUGUGGCAGUGAGCGGGGGGUGUCUGUAUGUGGUGGGGGGAUAUGACGGACAGACCCGCUGGAACACCGCUGAGAAAUACCAGCAUGACACCAACACGUGGCACCAAGUAGCUCCCAUGAGCACCAUACGCAGCGGACUGGGACUUGUGUGCGUGCACUCUUACCUGUACGCAAUCGGAGGCUAUGAUGGGCGGAGCCAGCUGUGCACGGUGGAGCGUUACAAUACUGUGAAGAACAUUUGGGAGCCCAGAGCCUCCAUGCAGCACUGCCGCAGUGCACAUGGAGUCACAGUCCACACGGGGCGCAUCUUUGUCUUCGGAGGUUACAAUCAGCACGGUUUUCUGUCCAGUGUCGAGUGCUACUGUCCUGAAAGAAAUGAAUGGACGUACAUCACCGACAUGCCCGUUGGAUUCAGCGGUAUGGGUGUCACCGUCACCAUGGAGCCGUGUCCCAGCUGCCUGCCAGAACAAGAAGAGGAUGAGGACAUGUCCAAAUAGGAGGAAGAGAUCGAUUGAAGUCUUGUGUGAAAAAGACAUUCGUUGCAACUCAAUUAAUUUCUUUUUUUUUGCAUUAAAUCGGACAUUCCCUAACAGGA